AUGGACGAGGAAGACCAGUCACGAGCCAGCUCGCCCACCUCGGAUCGCGACAACGAGCCCGAUGAAGUGAUGGAAGACGCCGACGAGGGCGAUAGAGAGGAAGAUGGCGAUGGAGAUGGCGACGCUGAUGCGGACGCUGACGGCGACGGAGAUGGUGACGGCGAAGGCGAGAACGAGGGCGAAGGUGAAGGUGAAGGUGAAGGUGAAGGCGAGGGUGAUGGCGAGGGGGACGGCGAUGGCAACAACGACGAAGAGGCAGCUGGAGAAGACGACAAUGGAGACGAUGAAAACACCGUCGUCGUCGCUGGUGAGGGCGAAGGCGAAACCGCCGACAGCGAUAGCAGAGUCAACGGCAAGCAGCCCGAGUCGCCUAGGAGGAAGUCGGACACGCCUCAGCUUGACCAGCUACCGUCUCUGUACCGAACGUGGAGGCCCAAGAUCCGUUCCGAGGUUUACAGCGCGCGUCUGUACGACAUUGUGCCCACAAUGGCAGCGCCCAUGUCGACGAGCAUCAAUGCCAUGGCUAUCACGCCAGAUCUGCGGUACUGGAUCACGGGCGGUGCCGAUGGCUACAUUCGCAAAUACGACGGCCCAGGCACCAUCAAUGGCAAGCUGGCCCUGACCGUCGCGCAGAGACACCCGUUCGUCGACUCCGUCACAAAAGCAGGCAUCCUCAUGUCGUACUGGCCCAACGAGGAGCCAGCCGUGCCAGGGCGCAGCGAACAGGAGCAUGUCCUAUCCUCUGUCUACUCGCUGGCCGUCCAUUCCGAAGCUCUCUGGCUUCUGUCUGGCCUCGAGUCUGGCGCAAUCAACUUGCAGAGCGUCCGCCAUGAUGAGGGCAAGAGGAUAGCAUGUCUCCAAAAGCACACCAACGCUGUCAGCGUGCUUACCUUGGCACCCGACGAGAGAAGCGUGCUCAGCGGAGCGUGGGACAAGAACAUUUUCGACUGGGAUCUCGAUACAGGGCACAUCAAGCGAAGUUUCGACGGUAGUGGCGGACAGAUUUCAUCGAUUGAGCUGCGGCCCGCGAGCGGCGCCCCGAUACCAGCAGACGCUGACGAGUCUCUGCCUUCAAGUACCAUAUCUACCAACAACGGGGCACCGAUGGCUAGCUCGAGUUUUGCGGGAAAUGCGAAUGGUAGGAGCCCCAACGGACAGGAUCGAUCGAUCACUGUCGCAAUGAGAGGUGAGAACGAUGCUGCCGACGCGGCUUCUCCCGCUCACGAGAGUCUUUUUGGUGGAAGUGACGCCGGAAGUCUGUUCGGUGAGACGACGGGAGAGCAGCCUUUUGGGCAGGAUGACGAUGAGUUUGGCGGUGGCAUGAACAUGGCAGCAGGGCACGAAUCAGGGAUGGACCACUCAGCCGACAAGGCAAUGAGCAGCAUGGCCACCACAGAGGCGGACAAAGAGCCCAAGCAAUCAGGACCAGAGGACGAUGCCAUGGAUGUUGAUCACCCGAAUCCAGAGCCAGCCCCAGCUCAAACAUCGGCCGAGGUCUCUUCUUCAGCUCUAGGCCUCGGAGAUACCCAAGUCUCGACAAUCUCGGGGGUAACAGAACAGACAGAGAUGGCGACGGAUGCCGAUACAGUCAAGGCGGAGGAGUCUAGCCAGACACUGCAGCAAGACCAGUCAAUGGAGAGCCAGUCUGCAGCUGACACGUCUGAGCGGCAGGGCAUCAAGAGACCACACUCUCCAAUGAUUGUCAGUUCACAGCCACCUCCAACUCAACACGAUGCUACGCAGGUUUCACAGACAACCUUCUUAUCGUCAGCUAUCGAUGGGACGAUUCGCGUCUGGGAUAGGCGGGUGCCCAGCGCAGUAGCUAGGAUUCCUAAUCGCGUCGGCGUGCCGCCUUGGUGCAUGAGCGCUUGCUGGAGUCCCGACGGCAACAAGAUUUAUGCAGGCAGACGUAAUGGAACAGUGGAGGAGUUUGACAUUGCUAAAGCGAGGAGAGGAUGGCAACCCGAGAGGGUGCUUCGAUUUCCAGCGGGGAGCGGUGCCGUGAGUGCAAUCAAGCCUAUGGUCAACGGGCGACAUUUAGUCUGCGCAUCACACGACAUUCUCAGACUGUAUGAUUUGCGCGAGUCUCGCGCUUUCAAGCACUCAACCGUUCCAUUCCUCAUUAUCCCCGGACCCCCCAGAGCGGGUGUCAUUUCGAGUCUGUACGUCGACCCUACGAGCAGAUUCAUGCUCAGUGCCGCGGGCAACCGUGGAUGGGACGGUACAAACACCGAGGUGUUGAUCGGAUAUGAAAUUCAUGUCGUUUCGAGUACUUGA